ACCCCUUUUUUUCAGUUUUUUUCCUUGUCUUUCUCUCAAGUCAAGCAGCAGCCUUAACCCCUUUUCCUUCUUGUUCAUCCCACUAGUGGCUAGUUACCGUUUCAAGCUUAUUCUUACCCAAAAAUACAAUAAAAAAAGAAUCUUUAGCAAGGAAGGUUCUCUUUUUUUUUUCUUGAAUUGUCCCUCUUCAUACAGACGGAGAAGGUAAUGUGUUGGGAAAUAAGACAUAUACUUGGAUAACUAACAUCUGCAAGAUGGGUGGUUGCUGUUGCUCUUCAAGGAAGCCUCCCCAGCUUCAUGGAACACAAGUAUUUUACUAUUUUCCACCAGCUUCUGAAGAGUAUGAGUCCCUGACAUCUGAUGAUAGUGCUGCUAUUGCAUUUACCUCUGAGCUCCUGGAUGAUUUAAAUGUAGAUAGAUCAACACCCGACACUUACCGCUCUCCCCCUGCACCAAUUCCAUUUGAAGUAGAUUUGGGGCAUCCACAGUCAAGAGGAGGUUCCCAGUUCAUAGAUGAAACAGUACUUCAACAUAGCUAUGAGAUAACUACUUGUAAAGAUAUUAAGUUUUCUGAUCGCAAAGCUGAAACAGAGUCUCUUCUUGCCUCCCUAAAGAAAACAGGGAUUGACCUUGUAAAAUCUAAUCCAUCUAUUAUUAAAUCAUCAGAAGAAGAGGAUGUUUGUCCUACUUGUCUUGAAGAAUAUGACGUCGACAAUCCAAGAAUAGUCUCAAAAUGUAACCACCAUUUUCAUCUUUCAUGCAUUCUUGAGUGGAUGGAAAGAAGUCAAACAUGCCCAAUAUGCGAUCAGGAAAUGGUAUACGAAGCUCUAUGAAAACUAAUCAAAAGUUCCUUAGCUGCUGGUCAUCAACACCUGUCUAUACAAGCAAGCAUAGCCACAUGAGGCUGUUGUUUUUCACUUGGCGGCUUGGCCUGUAUUCACUUGUUCACUCAUGAAAGUGUAAAUUCUCUAUGUAUAUGAAGCUUAUGUUAGUAGAUCCCGCCCUUGAUGAAGAUGCGAGUUGCAUAUAUAUGCUGAUGGGAGCUAAUUUGCAGGCGAAGAACAAAAAAAGAAGUUGUAGUUUUGCAUUUGGUGCCUGGAAGAUUAAAUUCUGAAAACGCGUCUUUUUGGUCAUGAUUCUUCUGAGUUCCAAGUGUUGUACAGUGAACCCUUUUGGUGGUUGUAAUUUUAUGUUCAAUUGCUGUACAGAUUCUUCUGUCAAAGAUUAUGGCAAUGGCAAUGGCAUAGUCCUUAAAGUUUCAUAGACUCA